CUUGAUUUCUUCAUUGUUGUAUUUUGCUUUCUAGCAAUUGUUUGGCAUCUAAUUUGUGGACCCCAGUUGUUCACCAUUUUGGUAGAAAAUCUACCAGAGGAUCACUCAGUUGGGAAUCUUCAGAGAAUAUUUGGUGCAGUUGGACAGUAUGCUUUCUCUUUGUGAUAUGAUCCUUUUCUUCUCUGCAUUGUUGUCUGUAAAGCUCUGUUUCCUUCACAAAAUGAUUCCGGAGUUCUCUCCAAAAUUUCAGCAUAAAGAAUAUAUGCAUACACAAUCCACAUGCUAUGGAAGAGUCCAAGAAAAGGUCACAAGACAGAGGUCUUGAUCAGUAGUAAGUUACAUGCUCUGGUGGAGUAUGAGACUCUGGAUGCUGCGGGUUAAGCUUCUUAAGCAAAUGAGAAGGCAAGCUUGGAGGGGAUCUGAUCCUGAGAAGAAUGGCAAUGGCAGAUCAUCUGCUCAUGUAAGGGAUGAGGAGAAGAAUGACUUAAGUGAGCAUCAUGAUGAUAUGCCUGAUGAGGAGGAUGGUGACCAUAUUCCCAAGGAUAAAAAUGGGCAUCGAGGUAAAAGCCAAGGACGAGGAAGGAGACAGAAACAUCGUAGUAUUAAUGGGCAUGGUAUCUAGAUUAUUUCCUGCGUUGUUUCUGUUUAUUUAUUCUCUCACCUUUCAUUUUUCUGUUAAAAAUUCACAACAUUAGUAUUUUCUUUCUCAUUCCCCCCAGGCCAUGAAACUACAUCCUCUGUUGAAGGCAUUGAACCCUCAAAACCAACUCCAGGUCCCAAAAUGCCUGAUGGAACUCGGGGAUUUACAAUGGGACGUGGCCGACUACCUGUUUCCAACCAAAGUUAGAUGCUUAAUGUUUGUGCAUUGAAUGCAAUUAUGUUCUAUGUGCUUUUUAUUCUUUUUUUUUUGGUAAAAUAUGUGCUUUUUAUUCUACAAUGUAUAUAGGUGGGAAUUGGAACGGGCUUAAACACAUGUCCUGAAGUGCCAAAUUUGUUCAUUAACUGGCAUUAAAGUUGAAGUUAUGCUGCCACAUUCCUUUGAAUGCCUACAGAUUAAAUUGUGUUGGAAAUU